AUGGAUGUCUGGCAGCGGAAUAUGCGGAUGAUCCACCAAAUCAGCGAAUUUGUGGAUUUCGACUCGGCCCAGUCCGACCCUGUCGCCGACUUCAUUUCGCUGAUCCAGGCCAUGCGAGAGGGUCUCACCCAGAUAGACGAUAACUUUAGCAUCCCCGACGCACAGAUCAACACUCUGUUUUUGACCAAGCUGAAGUCGCGUACCGAGUGGGAUGACUGGGCGACGGAUAUGCUCCAGGAUAGUCGAAUAAACGCACCGAACCCAGCGAACCGAAUGACGUUUCAGGAGCUUGCAGAGCUGGCUGUCGAACAUGAGAAAUUCCUUCGAGGGGAAAAGCGAGAAGAUAAGAAACUCCGGGCUAUUUCUCCGCUAGAAGAGUCUCCAGUCGCCUCGUCGAGUAUGGCACCACCACCACUUCCUGAGGAUCUCUCUCAGGAUGAGAUCAACGAAUUCGUCAUGCAGCAAAUGAGUCGCGAUGAUAGAUAUCCGAAGCGUCGUCAUACUGUCCGUGGACACAAUAAACGGCCCAGUCAGGAGGAAAUCAACGAAUAUGUUAUUCAACAGAUGCGUCGAGUUAAUUUUACACAACAUGAUAAGUCCCGGAAUCGCAGCCACAGUCAACCUGAACCAGGAAGGCAAAAUCGCGCCCCAGAGCAAAUUAGGACCCCCUGUACUUAUUGCGGGGAUCUCCAUCACCAGUCAAAUCAUUGCUGGCGUCGUUGGAGGGUUGCUGUUGAAUCACCUCCGGGCAACUUUGAAACCCCCGGGGAGCUGCCGAUAUAUCGGACUGGAUUUACGUUUUUUUAA